CGUAUAAAUUUGGAAUAAAUACUAUUUGAAAAAAAUAGUGAUUCAGUUUAAAAAUCUAAAAUAGGAACAUAAUUGAAAUUUGAAAUAUUUUGCAAUGGAUCCUCCUGCUUCUGCUGUCGACACACUUUUUCGAAACAAUCAGCUAAUGGAGCAUAUUUGGCCAAAAAUUUACCAAUACCUCGACACGGCCACCCUUCUCCGCUUACGGUUACUGGGACCCUUCUGGAACACAACUGUAAUGCAGGACUUAACGGAGAAAAAAAUUCAUCAUAAACCUCCCUGCAUUUUAUGGAAUUCCCAACAUAUUGCAGAACUUGAAAAGUUUGUACAACUCUUCGAAACCGUUUCAACUCCGUGGUUUAUAAAUUAUACCUUUUGCACGAUUGGGAUGGAAUUGUGUGUCCUGCUUGACAGCAAGAUUCCCACGUGUCGCUACAUUCUUGGGAAAUAUGGCCAUGUCGUGAAAUAUUUUUGUCUCGGAGGUAUCCAGACGGAACGAAUCAACAUUGAAAGAGAAGAAUCAGGGGAAGUAAAUUGUUGCAAAUUGUUGCAAACAUUUUUCGGAAGAAAUAAUACCACAGAUGGAAACAUCGUCCCCACAGGAGCGAUCCAAGUUUUACAUCAGUUGGUGUAUAAAUGGUGUCCAAAUUUGGACAUUUUAUCCCUCACUACGCCAAUCGGGUACACUAUCGCGGCGGAUUUUAUACAUCAUAAAUUUGACAACACGAUACUGCCACUGAAAACAAACACUUUGAAGUUACGCAGUUUAACUUUAUCGCUGCAAAAGCUGUCCAAACCGGAAAUAGAUGCGAUUGCCGAAAUAAUUAAAAAGUGUGGUGACUUAAAAUAUUUAGAACUUUCAGGAAAUUUUGGGCUGGAUAGAGAAAUAAUGGGUGUAAUUUUGGAGAAAAAUCUAAUAAUUCCCGUUACUCGGAUUAAAAUGGAUUACGACGUGCUUCAAUCCAUCUCCAGGGUGGAUGCGGAAACUAAAUUUGCAAAAUUACAAACUAUGGAUGUCAUCACCUACGCGGAUGAGGAUCUUCUCUCGGACGAGGUAGAAUUUCCAGUUGGCCUCACCACCAAAUCAGACUGGGUCGCAGGGAUCGUUAACAUAGAAAUUCAUUCAUUUUAUAACAUCAUUCAUGUCCUUGCCGUAAAGAAUUUAGUAUUUUUAUUGUCUCAAAAGUUUCCGGUUUUAUCCGAUUUAUCCGUUAAAGCCGCGGUGCCGGGAAAAUCAUUUAUGAGUACGGAUGAAGAUGACCCUGUACCAGGCGAGGCGCUAUUGGAUGUCGCCAUUUUGGGGAAGCUGACUAAAUUAUGCUUACGCAGGUGGGACUGUUUUGCACACCGGGAGGAUUUAUUACACUUGAUUGUUCGCGCGUUUCCAAAUUUGGCGGAAAUCAAAUUCAUCCAUAGUCAUCAAGUAGGUUCGGAAGAAUGUCAAGGUUACCUGAAGGAUACCUUGGUAACUAAUACGCUGCAAAUCCUGUCAGCCUUGCGACAUUUGAAAUCCAUUCGGAUUGAGUGUAGGUGGAUAUCAAAUCUUAAAUUGUUAGAGGCAUUCCGUGUCCUGUGUGGUUUCAGAGAACUUGCCCACCUGUCACUUAUGACGUUGCCAAAAUCUAUGUUUAUACACGACCUGAAUCUGACACAAGUUACAAUCAAUGUACAAGAUAUUAACUUUGAGAACGAUCAAAUUACGGAUGAAGAUGGCCUUGAUUUUGCAAUGGAAGCUUUGGAAAUUGCGGAGGAAUUGGAGCAUAUUCAUUUUGAGAUGAUUAACUUUAAGUUUUCAACUCGAAAGGAUAUAAAAAAUGUGGAGUUUAAGAAUGGAAAAAUUUAACCCUUUAAUGAAUAAUAUCUAUUAACUUUAUAUAUGCAUAAGAAACUGCGUCAAUUCAACGAUGUAAAAAGUAUGUACUUUUUGAAGGAGGAAUUAAAUGGUUUUAAAAAAAACCUAGACCAAACUGAAAAAAAA